AAUUGUCUUCAACAGCGAGCCAGUUUGGAUUAAGGAUGCUUUAAAUUUGAGAAAGUUACUUGUAACGUUGCAUGUUGGUACAUGUUGGCAAUAACGAGAAUACAGAUAAUGUUAAUAAUGAAAGGAAUUUCAACUAAUCUUCUGAAAACACAUCAAGCCCAAGUUUGUCUUCUUUAGAUGGCAGUAAACAACCGAUAUGGGCAUUUUAAGCCGGAAAGAAAAGCAAAACAACAGGAUACAUUCACCGUCAGAGGUGAGGCAGAAAGACUGCAGGUUUUCCCGAUGAAGCAAAUCGAUAACGAACACUGUGAUGCUGACAGUGGAAUGGCGCCAACAGCCCCAUGUUAUCCAAGAGUCCCGAGGAAAAAAACUCAGGAGCAACAAGCUGUAGUAGACGAGAUACUUCAAGUGGUUGCUGAUCAAGGAAGGCGUUUUUCGCUUUCGCGAACGGACUAUAGCGUUCAAAAGAGAAUUGAAUGUGGCUUACGGAGGCAAAAAAGACUGACAAGCGACGCGUCUAGGUUUGAUGAUUCCAGUUCAUGUGCAAGCGGCUCCGACCUUUCUACAUCACCUCCGCCGACACGACAUAGCAGUAUAAGUAUCAAUUCAAGCUUUUCAGAUGAUGGCAAGAUGUUCGAAUAUAGCAGCCGACCACGAACUCUCCCACCGCUCAACCGAAAUAGAAGCCACCGGCCGGCUCGGCCGACGCCUCCUAAACAGGACUUUGACGAGGAGCGUGAGAUUAGCUGCUCUGGCACUUUGUCGAGACCAUUGUCCGCGCGAGGACAACGAUCACGCCCACAGAGAGGGUUCACGUUAUAGUUCACUCCAGAGAACGGAAAACAUUGAGUGAGAUCGUCAUAUUGCUUCAAAGAGAACGUGAAAUCCUAUUUAUAGAGGGAGCGUUUUGGCUUGAAGUUUUUGUAGCGUAGAGCUCUAAAUAAGGAAACAAUGCAUGCGCACAGUGCGCAAAGAAGGCCACCAUUUGGAUCGGAACAUAUAUAUAUAUAAACACUGAUUUCAACUGCUAGAGUUGAGAGCAGAUGGAAGGCAUAUGACAAGUGCCGGAGGCCAGGCGAAAAGAAAUUAACGAAGCUGUUGCUCGUUUAAGGUAAAAAGGGCUCUAAAGACAAAGAUCAAACAUACUUGAAGUCUGAUUCGGUAGCAAUAUAGCUGGAGGUAACUUCAAUGAUUCCAUACUCUAUGUGCAGCACUUUCUUUUCAGAAAUCGAUGCAAACUUUUCCCGAAUACAGGAAGGAUGAUUAGCCACAACAAAACAUUUUCAAGUGAUAUCAGCCACAGAUAAACAAUUCCAUUUUUCCAGAACUACCCAUGAUAAAGCAAGUGGGUUGUCUCUUUGCAAAAUUCAUCAAGAAAACUGUCAGAAAAGGAAAAGAGUAAGAUGAGAACUGGACAUUUUUGGUCGACAAAAAUGUCACUAAGCAGUGGUAGCUUACUUAAAGCACGGCGUGUAGCAGCUUUAUUUAAAGUCAAAACAAAGGAUGGCCUGUAAUGAAUCGUAUCGUAGAAUAUUCACUUGUUUUACUCUUUGAAACCUAGAAAUCCAAAUCAGUUGUUAAAAGCAGCACGUAGCGACUCAUUCCUUUUUUCUUAGUUUUUGAAAAGCGAUAUUUGUUCAAUAAAAAUAAAAAUAUAAAAUGCUAAUUUACUCGAAAAUUUGAUCGAUAAUUCUACAAUGUAAAUAGGUAAUCGUCUUUCAGGUGAAGAUCAACCGGAAAGGAAGAUUCAGAAACAGAUUUGUAAAAAGGCAAAAUAUAGGGUCUGGUGAGAGUAAAUACAACGUAAUAAUAAAAGAUGCAGUUCAGAAUUACA